AUGGACGCCGGUAUGAAUUUACCAUUGUAUCCAUCAAUCAGGGCGGUACUGCGCCGAGCGCUUGAGCUUGAUGUACCCCGGUCAGAUGCGUUGCUGGCCGUUCUUCUGGGUUAUCUGCCUGCCUUGAAGUGCCUCGAGAUCAAGAUGGAGACCGAGGAUCCAUAUUAUGAUCCUCCAGUCACAGAGUGGAAUCUGGUUGAACGUGUUUUGAUCAGUAUCGCAGGUGCACGCCCUAGCCACAUGAUGGAGGAAAAUGGCAUUCUGACUUUGCCCGCACCGAUGCUGUCUGAGCUCACUCACCUGAAAACCGAAGUCGAAGGAACCCGGCCCUUGGCUGACAUUGACGCGCUUAUGGUGCUUCUUCAGAUUUCCACCUUGACUCAUGUCUUCGGCACUAAAUGGACCAACGCACUGCGGUGGUUGAGACCUGGAUUUCAAAAAGCCGAUCGCCUCGUUCACCUCGAACUUCGCGACUGCACCUUUGACGCCGAGUGCCUUCAAAAACUACUCAAACAAUCCUACAAAUUACAAACCUUCAUCUACGAACGCGGGUGGACCAAGGAGAAGAAUUGGGUCUUGAAAGUCCCAGAUCUCAGCAAGGCGCUUCAAUACACACACAAGACCCUGACCUGUCUUGAACUCUCCUUCAAUCAAAGUGGCCGAAAGAUACACGAAGACUUGUAUCUUCAGCCUCUCGACCUAUCGGGGCUUGUUCAUCUGAAGAGACUACGAAUUUCGGCCGGCUAUCUUGUCCAGACCGAGGAGAAGAUCUCAUCAUUUGAAGGUCGCUACUUGAGGUUGUAUGACCUGGAUGGAGUAUUCAACAGUGCACAGCCUUUGCACGAGUUACUUCCAAAAUCACUUGAGGAGCUGCACAUCUUCCAAAUCCACGAUGGUCUUGAGUUUAUCCUCAUGUCCGAUAAGCUGUGCGAAAGUCUCUACAGUCGAAUGUUGCCCAUCUCAUCCGAGCCUUGCCAUUUCCAGCGCCUCAAUGAGAUCAUUAUAGAGGCCCCGUUUGAGGACAAAGGCGUGUACUUGUUUGACGUCCUCUCCCAAAUCACAAAAUUUGCGGGAGUUAAGUUGACAACGAUUGAAAACUCCGCAGAUUACGUCAAAUCUUGGAUUACCGGUGCUUCAAAAGCAUCUUGUUCAGACAAAAAGAUUGACUGGGGGUUUGACGGCGAGAUCCAGUGGGCACAUCCUUUCACUCAGCGAGGGGAAACGAAUUUCGAUCUCUAG